AUGAAAGGGCAAAGGCGGAGGUGGAGAAGUGGAAGAGAAGGGAAUGGAGGCGACGGCGACGGCAGACGGCGGCAGCGGGCUACAAGGACGGCGAGAGGUUGGCUGUGGAUACGGCUAAGGCGGUGACGUCGAGGGGUAAGCUGGCGGCGAAGAGAGGGAAGGCUGCAGGGGUGGGAGACGGUAAGAGGUAAACCGGCGGCUGAGAGAUGGAAUGCUGGAGAAGUGAAAGAGAAGGGGAGAAGAAGCUCCAGACCGGGGGGCGCCGGGGUCCUCCGACCAACCCAAGCCGGGGCGACGGGAUCAAAAGAUCAGGUAAGCAAAGUAUGCUUCAAAUGCAAUACGCAAUGUCCAAAACAAGAGGUCUUCCGGCGUUUAUGGCCGCGACGUGAGCGAAAGGGGCAGUUGGGUCUCCGGCGUGAUCCAUAUCCUCUUAAGUCCUCCGAAAGCUCGUAGUGGUGACGCGUCUCCCACUCCACAUCUUGACCGACUCCAUGAUCCCUUCCCAACUCGGCAGCUCGUGGUGAGCUGCCUUGUGCUGCAUCAGAUCCACCUAGCCAACGUGAACCGUCUGCUACGGCGGGAAUCCAUGGCCAAAUCCCUUCUCCUUCCCUCUCAUCCGGACGGAAACGGAAGCGGUGACUGUGAAAACGGCAGCGGCAGGGCCUUUGUCGAUGAUCUCAACCUCCCCAGCAUCGUCUCAGAGAGGACGGCGGAACCCAUGUCUCCAAGGAGCCUGAACUUUAUUCAAUGACUCGCUUCCGGCCUACCUCGGUCCUCACAACCCAACAUGAUCGGCCGCUGGUGGCGAAACUUACAGGGCGCCAACGAAUGGUCUGGCCUUCUGGACCCCCUGGAGGAGGACCUCAGCCAGGAGAUUGUUCGCUAGGGUGAGUUCCUCCACGCAACCUACCAAGCCUUUCACGCCGACCCAGAAAAGCUACCCUCCAACCCACGAUCCGUCACCCUCGUGGACCGCUUCUACCGCAUCACAGGUAGACUCUACGCCACUUCCUCAAUCGAGACGUCUCGAUCGGUCGACAGGUUGCUGCUGUGGAGCAGCGCUCGAGUUGGAUUGGGUUCGUCGCUUUAUGCGAUAGCAAGGACGAGAUCAACCGCCUCGGCUGGUGCGACAUCGUCAUCGCCCUGCGGGGCACCGGCACUGGCACCGCCAUAGAGUAGGCUGGGAACUUUCGAGCGAAUCUCGUCGAGAUACCGCACAACAAGGAGAACCCACAGGAAUCCGAGCAAUUGCCUGAGGCGAAGGUCAGGUUCGGCUUCUGUAGCUUUACAAGACCGGCUCCAAGAGAAUUCCCAGUCUAUGCGAUGCGGUCGUUGACAAGGUCAGGAGGCUGAUGAAGCGCUACAAAGGCAAAGAGCUCGGCAUCACCGUUGUGGGUCACAGUCUCAGCCCGGCGUUGGCUGUGCUCGUGGCGGAUGACCUUAGAGGGUGCCGCAUUGCCAUGGCCUCAGUCACCGUCUUCUCCUCGGCGAGCCGCACGUAGGAAACGGGUUCGCCGAGUGGCUGGGGGCCCGAGAGGCCAAGGUUCUGCGAUUGGUAAAUGAGCGUGAACUUGUCACGAAGAUGCCCGGAGUUAUCGCCGGGUUCAGUAAGCCGGCCGAGGAAGACGCCGGCGCCUACUUCCGCUCAAGGGGAAAGUCGCGGGUGCCGGCGACCGGGGGUACCGCACAAGUGUCGGGUCGCGGUGGACCGACUAAUGACUGCCUGAUCGUACUCGCACGUACAGAUGGAGCAGAGAGUAGACAGCUGGGAGUCGCCGUUCCUGAGGCCGGACGCUGACCCCUGUUGCUGCCACGACUUCGAGGCCUUCCUCCACCUGGUCGACGUCUUCCUCAGUUCGCGGUGUCCAUUUCGAUCGGACGCCACGCGUAGCACCGCGAAGCCGGUAGUGCAGCAGGGCUCCAAUUUGAAGGACAAGGGGCGGCAGCCGCCGGAGGGCCACAGCGGCCGCCUCGCUAGCCCGCCGUCCAGUGUUUCUGGCGCGAAUUAGCGCUCUAACGGGCCCCUGUCUGCGACCGGGCGGCACGGGUGACGUGUCUAACCGACGUCUACCCUAAUUCAUUAUUUUUUAAAAGCUUUAUUUAUACUUCAACCCCAUAAAUUUAACGAAUGAAUACUCCGCUCUUACUUUAUUUUGCUAUUGGAAUACCCUUCAAAAACCUUAUGUCAAUAAAAAGGUUCUCCUAAUUAAACGCAUUUUUGAAACCUGAAUAUCCAGAGAAAAUCUAUCUUUUAAGCAACUACGAUUUUCAAAAGAGAAAGAUGCCCUGGACUAACUGACGAACCCCAUAUGGGCCUUGAAAGUAGACCGAGGGGAACCAAGCAAGCCUCAGUACCAAAUUACUAACAAAGGUUAUGAUUCACACAUACAAAAUAAGAAAAUUUGGUCCUAAAUUUUUUAAAAAAUUAAGAAGUAAAAAUUUUGAAAAAAUACACUCUUCUCAAUAUCAAUUUGUACAAUGCUUUGAAGAUUUCUAAAUAUUUGACUAUAAAAGAAAGAAAUGAUGUAAUAUAUUACGACAUACCAAAACAUUAGAUCUUAAGAUCAUUAUCAAGGGUGAAUGGAGAGGACCAUGGAGAUUUUAGGGAGGGAGAGAGAGAGAGAUAGGAUGAGGGUUGAAUAUUAAGUUUAGAGGAAAUGAUGGUGCACUUGGAAAUUCAAGUUAAGCAACUAACUGCAUGGGAAGGUUGUGAACCAUGUUGACCGUCUACAUGCUCAAAUCAGUCACACCUAGGCAUGUUAGCCUAAUUUUAAUUCAUUUAGGAUCAAGGCACUAAAAGUAUUUAUUAGAGGAGCCUUUUCUAAUAAUAAACCUUUAUUCUCCUAUUUUGAUUAUAUUAGUAGUAUAAGUGCAAUCAUUAUAACUCAAUUAAUUGUAUUAUAUGUUAUUAAAGGAUCAUCACUUAGAUCUUCUUGUAUUUAGAUUUAAGUUCAUUUACUCUUAUUUCAUAUUACAAAAUUUCAGUUAUUGGAUCUAUCUCUAUAUAAAUACACCAUGACAAUGUUUAAGUAUCCAAUUUGGGUAUCAAAUUAUCUUGAUAGAUAA